AAAUAAUACUCUAUUCAAGUGAUAGUAUAGUACGUGAUGUAUGUAUGACUCCUAUCCAUGUGUUUUAAAUUUGUUGAUUAACUGAUGCAAUGAUAGUGUGAUUGACUGAUAACAACAUUGGAUGCGAUUGUCGUCACAAAUGUCUAACAAUUAUUGUAUUGACUGUCACUUUGGUUAAGAUGAGUGAUCUCUUAGAAGAAGACUUAGCAGUUGUCAACACUUCUGUGUUUGUAAACGACAUGACUUCACAAUUGACUACAUCUAUAACACCUGUUCAACAGAUGAUGUCUUCGUGUACCGGAGCUCUCAUGACCUCAAUGUUUGUCACCCCAUUAGAUGUGGUGAAGAUUAGAUUGCAAUCACAGCAAAAGGAGUUUAUGAAAAACAAGUGUUAUCUCUACUGUAAUGGUCUUAUGGAUCACAUUUGCUAUUGUCCAGCAAAUACUGUUCCGUCCAUUAAUGGCAACAAUGGCAGCAAUUCCGGUGUAAAGACUUUUAAUUCUUUGAAUAGGAAUGUAUUGAUGACAAGGAAUACACAUUUUACGGGAACUUUGGACGCAUUUAUUAAAAUAACACGAAAUGAAGGCAUAACAGCCCUUUGGAGUGGACUUCCGCCCACUUUAGUUAUGGCAAUUCCGGCGACUGUUAUAUAUUUUACAAUUUAUGAUCAGUUAAGAGAUCGGACGUAUAGAAAGUUACAAUUAAGUGAUGAACCUCUUUGGGUGCCCGUCUUGUCCGGAGGUUUUGCUCGUAUAUUUGCCGCGACUACUAUCAGCCCAUUGGAAAUGAUUCGGACGAAAAUGCAAUCAAAAAGAUUAAGUUAUUUACAGUUAAGUGAAGCCGUUCUCAAUCUUCUUCGAACUCAAGGGUUUUUCUCGUUAUGGCGUGGAUUAAGUGCAACCAUUAUGAGAGACGUUCCCUUUUCAUGUAUAUAUUGGGCUAAUUAUGAAUAUAUGAAGAAACGUUUCAAUCAAAAAGAGCCGACUUUUGCAUUUAGUUUUAUUAACGGUGCGACCGCUGGAACGGUAGCAGCAAUUAUAACACUUCCAUUUGAUGUCGUGAAGACUCACCGACAAAUAGAAUUAGGAGAAAUGCAAAUCAUUCAAAAUAGUGCCAAAAAUGCGAGUAAAACGCGAGAAAUUUUAAUUAGAAUAUAUCAACAAAAUGGGUUUAAAGGACUUUUUUCAGGUAUAGUUCCCCGAAUUAUCAAAGUAGCGCCUGCCUGUGCUAUAAUGAUUAGUACCUAUGAGUUCGGUAAAGCAUUUUUUAAACAAUAUAAUGAAUCAAAGCUUAACAAAUAG